UCCGGUCCGGUGUGUGGGAUGGGAGCUUGUUAGAUGAGCCUGUUGUAUGUCAGCCCGGGGAGUGUAGUAUCCUUCCGCCGGUACUGGGCGCCGUGUCCUGAGCGAGCUGUCCGCAGGAAGAGGGGGGUCCCUGCCGUACUCUACAUGAGAUUGGCAAACUAAUUUGAGGAUUGUUCUACAUGCACAGAACGCCGAAUAGUGAUUACAACACAAACCAACCAUUGGAUGCACAAUUUUGAUCUGUUGUGGAGCCGACCAUCUUUGAGCAUGCACGAGUGUAUGAAACUGUUGAUUGGUCCAACUAUUCUUUGAUACUUUGCCCCUUCCUUCAUGUGAGAUCAGGCAGAAGGUUUUUGGGGUCAAGAUGAAGCCAUGCUGGUGUUUAGGAUGGUGCAUUCUUGUUACACUGCACUUUAUCGUUCUACUUUUGCCGCAACUGCCAAAUGCUGAACGUGUGACAUCUGGAUAUCCGCGUGAAGACACUGGAAAACACCACGGGAGCCUGGACUCCAUGUUGUCAGACUAUGAUGUCAUAUCAAUGUCUGGCAUCCAGCAGCACUCGCUGCGAAAGCGGGACUUGGAACCAGAAUCACACGUAGAGCGCAUGCUGAGCUUCUCCGCUCUGCACAGGCAUUUUAAACUGUAUUUGACAUCAAGCGCAGACCAUUUAUCACAAAACCUGAAAGCCAUCGUGUUGGACGGGGACAGCAAGGAGACAGAGUACCAAGUCAAGAAAUCUGAUUUCUUUACAGGGCAUGUUGUGGGAGAGCACGAUUCAAAGGUUUUCGCUCACAUUGGAGAUGGGGAUUUUACAGCACGGAUAACAACAGAUGGAGAAGAAUAUAACAUAGAGCCGCUGUGGAGGUUUGUUGAGAACACCUCAAGGGACAGCAUGUUAGUCUAUCGAUCAGACGAUAUCCAAGACUAUUCCCGUCUCAAGUCCUCGAAAGUCUGUGGGUACGUCAAACCCAAGGAAGAUCUCUUCAUGAACGAGCAAGACACCGAUCAGGACGCAGAAGAACAUCUGCACCGGGAAAAGAGGCAGAAAUCUGGGCCAGACCCUUUAAAGAACACUUGCAAAAUGCUGGUGGUAGCCGAUCACCGUUUCUUCCAGCACAUGGGGCGCGGAGAGGAGAGCACCACCAUAAACUACUUAAUUGAGCUGAUUGACCGAGUUGAUGACAUCUACAGAAACACCUCUUGGGAUGCUCAGUGGCAAGGAUAUGGAGUACAAAUAGAGCAGAUCAUUGUACACAAGGCACCAGAAAAUGUUUCCGGUAACAAAAAACAUUACAACAUGGCAAAAAGCUGGCCAGACGAGAAGAAAGAUGCCUGGGAUGUGAAACAACUCCUUGAGCAAUUCAGCCAUGAUAUAUCGGAGAGAGCCGCUAAGGUCUGUCUGGCACAUCUCUUUACAUAUCAGGAUUUUGAUAUGGGGACUCUGGGACUUGCGUAUGUCGGCUCACAAAAACCGAACACCCAUGGAGGCAUUUGCCCUAAAGCUUAUGAAACUGAGCUAUCACGGAAGCCGAUCUAUUUAAACACCGGCCUAACCAGUACCAAGAACUAUGGCAAAACCAUCCUUACCAAGGAAGCAGAUUUAGUCACUACUCAUGAACUGGGUCACAACUUUGGUUCUGAACAUGAUCCAGACAGCAUGGAGGUGUGCGCUCCCACUGAGGAACGCGGCGGGAAAUAUGUUAUGUAUCCUAUAGCUGUGAGUGGAGACCAUGAAAACAAUAAGAUGUUCUCCAGCUGCAGCAGAGAAUCCAUUCUGAGAACGUUGAUGACUAAAGCUUCUAUAUGUUUCAAAGAACGCAACAACAAGGUGUGUGGGAAUUCCCGGGUAGACGAUGGUGAAGAAUGUGACCCAGGACUGUUGCACCAGCAUGACGAUCCGUGUUGCACGUCUGACUGCCUGUUCAGGGAAGGAGUCAGUUGCAGUGAUCGAAACAGUCCAUGCUGUAAAGGAUGUCAGUUUGAAACUGCCCAGAAGAAAUGCCAGGAAGCCAUUAAUGCUACAUGUAAAGGAGAAUCCUAUUGUACUGGUACCAGCAGUGAAUGCUUGCCACCUGGAAAUGCACCAGAUGACACGAUCUGCGUAGAUUUAGGAAAAUGCAUGAGUGGGGAGUGCAGACCGUUCUGCGAGAUAGCAAACAAAAACCUUACGUCGUGUGCCUGCAGUGAAAUUGAAAAUUCCUGUAAAGUCUGCUGCCGAAAUCAGAGUGGGAUUUGUAGUCCCUACGACAACGGAAAUCCGCCAUUUCUAUAUUUACGCAAAGGAAAACCGUGUACGGUGGGGUUCUGCGAUAUAAAUGGGAAGUGCGAAAAGCAAGUUCAAGAUGUGAUCGAAAGGAUAUGGGAUUUCAUUGACAAGCUCAGCAUCAACAUGCUAGGAAAGUUCCUUGCAGAUAAUAUUGUAGGCUCUGUCGUUGUAUUUUCUUUGGUAUUCUGGAUUCCGCUGAGUAUUCUUGUCCAUUGUGUGGAUAAGAAACUGGACAGGCAAUAUGAAGAAAACACCAAAUCUUUAUUUUUACCCAGCAAUGCGGAGAUGAUGAGCAGUAUGGACUCUGCUCCAGUGCGGAUAGUGAAGCCAUUUCCUUCCUCCCAACCCACUCCCCGGUUCCAGUCACUGCAGCAGGUUCCGGUUGCGCCAGCCUCUGCCUCGGCCUGCAAGUCUGACCACCAAAGAAUGGAUACUAUACAGGAGGAUCCAAGCACGGAUUCUCACCUUGAUGAUCAGUUUGACGAGGACCCCUUUCCUGCUAGUGGCUCUCCAGCAAAGUCCUUUGAGGAUCUGACUGAUCACCCUGUAAUUAGGAGUGAGAAGGCCUCUUCCUUCAGAUUACAGCGGCAAUGUCGUGUGGACAGCAAGGAGACUGAGUGUUGACCCAGCACCCCGUAGGCAACUUAGACAAUCAUUUCAUUUGUCCUAAAAGCUAGGCAGGUUAACUGUGGGUGGAAACAAGACCAAAACAGUGUGACAUCAGAGGAAAUGUGAAGAGCUUCUUAUCAUUAUGGUUAAGCCCCAUCAAAGCCAGCCCUUAUUCCUUAUGGAACUUGCACUCCAGUUGCUGCUGGGUUAGCUAUAAGUGGGCCUCCAGCUGUUUAAGGUCUACAUCUCUCAUCCUUUAGCAGCCACUUGCUUUGUGGCUGAUGGGAGUUGUAGUCCUUUUUACACUGGACACCUGUUUUAUUGAGUACUUUAAAGUCUGUGCCCCACUUUCCUUUGCUGAGGAAGCUAUAAAACUGGUUAACCCAAGAGAAUGAAAAAUUAAGAUCUGGAAAGAUGUCCGCUUUUUUUGGGUGAUAAAACAAUCAUUUCAAUGUGCUGCACACUUACUGAAUAUAGUUAUAAGCUGUGAUUUUGUUUGGGUCUUUGAAUGGUAGUGUAAUUUUUAACAAGCAUUUGUCUGCUUCAUGUCUUUGUGCCUUUGUAGAGUGAUCCUUAAUAGCAGGGUUAUUCAGUUUGGACUAAAAGUCCCAUCAUUCUCAGCCAACAGAUGGUGAUGCCCAAGAAUGGUGGGCUUUGCUUCUCAAUCCAUAGCUGGAAUGCCAUGGGCGAGCACAUCCGUCAUAACCCUUUAAUUGCUUGUGGGCAUUCAGUGUGUCAAUUCUGUUCUUAUCCUAAGGGAGUUCAAGUUAUGUCAAUAUUCAAACAAGAUUCCAGAGAAGCCAUCAAUUGCCAAAUAUCAGAGCACUUUGUAAAAUAGAGAGAGGGAACAUUCCUAUAUAUGCUUUUCUAUGCUGACUGUGUGUGAAUUUCAUUGCUUUUUUUUUAUACGCCCCGUUACAUGCUUUUCUUAAUAUCUUGUUUGGCAAAAUCCUGGAUGCUGUUUUUCAUUUCACUCAUUUUGCAUAACCACAAAGCCUGAUGUUUGACCAUUUCCCAGUUAUUGACCAAGCCUGAAUGAGACCACUGCAGAGCUGAUUUAAAUUAAAUUCUAUGAUUUAUUGUGGCUGGGCUGAGGUUAAAGCCUCCUGACACGUUUUUUUUCCUCUCUAGUUUACUUUUCUUAUUGACUGAUCACUUAGAGGACAAAGAACAUUCACAACUUUAUCCAGAAGUGUCUCCUCUUCUUAAAUUUUCAGUGCGCACUUUAAAAUAAAUCAUUAAAUCUAUUUACCAUUAAACAUAGCCUUAAUUAAGAUUUGCGUCUUGUGUCGCUCCCAGUUGUCUUGAUGUAUUGUUUUCUUUAAUGAAUCCUCUAUUACCCCAUCUAGUGGUUUGCAUAUUUUUUGUCCAGUUAAUGUGCCUAUAUCAUUUUGAUUUCUUCUUGCACAGUAUAAUAGUGACCUCUCAGUAUGUGCACUGUACAAAGGAUUUUAAGUUCAUAAUUUCCAUUACAGAUUGCCUUGAUAUACUAGUAGGACUGGAGGAACGAUAAACUUUUAUACAACGUUAGACUGAUGCGUUCUAAUAUUGCAUUUAUUUAAUCUGGGUCAGGGUGGAUUGUAUUAACCUCAAUUUUUACCGUUGUGCUUUAACCCACUAAAAGGUAAACUGUCCACUCCUGAUAUGUGAUUUUUUUUUUUUUUUUUCUUGCUUCCCUCCCCCUCCCCAAAUUUUGAGUAAUAAUAAAAUGUACUCGGCGGGAUUAUAGAACAAUAAUUCCAACAUAGUGCGGCCAUUGAAGGAAUCCUGCUUUGUCUGACAGUACACUAACGUUUUUAAAAACCAGUGCCAUUCCCUGCCAUGAUCAUAACUGCAAGCUGGUCACUAUAGACUGUAAGGUAGCUAGCAUGAGCCGUAUUUUGUAUCAGGAAAUUCCAUCUUGAUAGAGGAUAUAUAAAGACUAGAUUGCUGUGACAUAAUCAGUCACUGGAAUACUCCUCUAGAAAUGACACCAUUAAAUAAAACCUUGAUAAUCAUAAUUUGUGUUUUACAUUUUAAAGAAAACAGAACAGAACAUGAAUCUGGUGUUUACAUUUUGCAGUUGGUGUCCAGUGCAGUCCAGGCACAGGCAGUGCACACAAUUCAAAUGAGCAGAGAAACAAUGUUUCGGUUUGUCCUCUUCCUCUUUGUUCAAUAGGCAACAUGUAUAAUCAGGAUUGACAGGGAGCCACGUCUAAGGCAUUCCAGAAAAGCUAAAGAGUUUAGUAUAGUGGUGCGAAUAUCUACAUUA